AUGGCUGGGGCCGGUGGCCGCCAACAGGCCGCCGCCGCCGUCGCACCCGACGUCUCCGCCGCAUCCGCGUUAUUGUCCCAACAGCAGCACGCGCCCCCCGAUUACACGUCGGUGGCCAUCGAGAAGCUACUCCAUUCCAUAUGGGACACCAAAGUCAACGACAUCAUGGCCGCCAUAAACCAUUUGGGUUUGGUCUAAGUACACAAUGCGCGUGUCUGUCAAAUUUUGUAUAGUGUCGCGUACUGGAAAGCGCAUUCGAUUAUGACGGCGCGUCCGGCGACAGCGGCAAAAGUAUAUAAAUAUUUUCUUCUAUUUGCAUCUGCAGUUUAAUUGAUACUAUAAUAUUACGUUUGUGGUUUGUUUAAAAUCCCCCUACCCCCCCCCCCCAAAAAAAUAAAAAAAUUACAAAAAUACAAAAAAAAAAAAAUUAUUUAAUAAUAAUCAUUAAUUUGUAAGAUUUGAAAAUAUAGUACGUGCCGUACUUACCUGUAGGUAGGUAUUUAUUUAUUAUUUAUACAGCGAUUUUCGAAAAAAAAGACAUAACUAUAUAGUGUAGGUACUUUCUCGAUGUGUUAUAAUAUAAUUAUUACUUUUAUUUCCUCAUAAAUAUAAAUACGUUAAAACAUUUUGUACAGCGAUCCCCGUUUGAUGAAAAAAAAACCAAAAAAAAAAAAAACAUUAUUAAUUUGUAAGUAUCGACUAUGUAUAGUUCGUAGCGCGCGUGACGAUUAAAAUCGGGAACCCUUCUCGGCUGCAUGUCCGAAUUGUAAAAUAUUAUUCCUACUGUUGUAUUAUUAGCCGACCACGAGAUCGCGCUUUAUCGCAUUUAGAGUGUAUCCACCAUAAAACACGUUCCCAAUUACGUCGUCAUCGCGUGCUCGGCCCAAACACGACUUCUUUCAUUUUUCUGUAUCCCAUCCAUCCCUCGCCCCCCCCCGCCCACCCCCAUUCUUCUAUUACUUUCCGCGUGUAAAAAAACGGCGAGGUGAUAUAAGUUACACGUUGAAAAAAAAAGGUCGCGCGGACGGUAUACGGGAAUUUUUUUUUUUUUUUUUUUUUGGUUUUACGCGGCGUGUGUGUGAUAUUAUUAAUUAUUAUUCUGGUUAUGAGGUCGACUACUGGUAGUCCGGUAGUCGACUUUCAGCGAGUUUUAUAAUAUUUUAUCAAUAUGUAUAUUGUAUAUGUCAUAUUAUUAUUAUUAUUCUUAGAACAACUGCAGUACAACAUAAUAAUAUAACAUUAUUAUUAAAUACGUAGAGUACAAUAUUUAAAGUAAUUAUUAUUAUUAAUCAAUUAAUAUUUGAGCGGUAAAAAUACUAUAAUAAGUGUGAAAUACAAGAAGAAAAAAAAAAAAAAAAAAAAAUGUUUUACAAAUAUAUUGUUUAGGUAUCACGUGCAUCAUUUCGUCGUCGUGUGCACGAACGGACGAACAAUUUUCACGGUGUCGUGCCGGUAUUUGUCGCGUGCGAUGGCCGGACCGUGGUGGAUAAUUAUAAAAAUAAAAAAAAAAAAAAAAAAAAAAAAAAACAAAACAACUAUGAAUUGGUAUCGCAGUGGCCGGUCCGCGUGAGUGUUUUUGGAAACUCGGUAGCCAAGAGGGCGAAAAGUAAAUCGUACCGUAAAACACGUCUGUCUGUGCCGUGAAUGUGAUAUUACGACGCGAUAACAGUGCAUACGGAGGGGCACGGGGGGAACGCCGGACGGGUUCGGGGCACGGUUAUUGUGCGAUCGCAAUACUGCGGGCAAUUCGAAAUCUUGACCGACCGCGGGAUGGGAUACAUUCGCCAACACGAUCGAGACCAUUUAGCGGUUUUCUUUUAACUCCGGAGAAACAACAAUAACUUUAAAACCGUGUUUCCGGAUAUAUUUUCAUAAUAUUGCGAUUUAUUUGGGCUCCUAUAUACACGCGCACACACACACACACACACACACACACAAACGCUCGUUAAUAACAUAAAUCGUUUCUUAAUAUCGUGGCUAUAGUAGACUACAAUCAGUCGACGGACAGAAUUUCCACCGCGAAAACAGCUAUACGGCGGACUGUAAAAUCGAGCCCACCCCCUUCCCCUCCCCUCCCCCCACCAAACAUCCCACUCCCACUAGUGCGUACGAACGAAAGCCAUCCGUAGUUGUUGUUUUUUCAAUUGUCUACCCGGGUCGGGCACGCGCGUGUACAUUACGAUAUUUUAUAUAAAACAUAAUAUAAUCGUGUAUUAUUAUAUUAUUAAUUCUUGCUCUAUAAUGCUCAAUUACGCGGCUACCUCUUGUUUUUUUUUUUUUUUUGUUUUUUUUUGUUGUUUACCAAACGUUUACCUGUUAUGUCGAUUAAACUUCAC